AACAGCUCAUCAACAAAUGGAAACAAAUAGUGUAUGCCUAUACACACGUGCAAACAAUUAAUUGUUGCUUUUUCUUAAUUACAUGAAACAAUGUCAACAGCACUCGUGCACCACCAACUUGGAUGGUAUCAACGUGUGCUAAGGAAUCCCAAGGAUUCAUGUUUUUAACAUAAUCGGAUAGUGAGCUGGAUAGCUGGUGAAGGGGAGACAUUGCAUCAACACUGCUGACACAAUGCAUUUUGAUCGAGAUAUACAUCGUGUCACCAUUAGCUGAUAGAAGAAGCAUUUCAGAUUCCUUUUGUCUCCAUGACCUGAUAUAUAUAUUGAAGCAGAUGCCUGGUAUUGCACAGCAAAUUGCUAGAAACAUUCAACAAUCUAGGCCUCUUCCAUCUGAAGAUAAAAUGGCUACCCGAAAUUUUCACCACACUCGCUCUAAUAGCUUCCCUCUUCUAUCUAGACCAAGCCCACUUGUUUCACAGAUUGAUGAGCAUUUGAACAGAUUAAGGGCUUCCGAUGCUACAUCUGCCUCAUCAUCAAUAAGCCAUAAACUCAAUGGCUUCCGGAAUUUGUAUGAUUGUGUUGAUAAGUUGCUUCAGCAGCCUUUUUCCCAGCAAGCUUUAGCCCAAGAACAACACAAUGAAUGGGUUGAUGAGUUGUUGGAUGGUUCUCUUCGGCUUCUAGAUCUGUGCAGCACUGCUAAGGAUGUUGUGCUGCAGACAAAAGGAAGCACAAAUGAACUGCAAUCAAUUUUGCGUAGGACUGGUGAAGUUGAGCUUGUAAGUGUGGUCGGGAACUACUUAACCUCCAGGAAACAAGUCAAAAAGGCCAUCCACAAGGCAUUGGGAAAUUUGAAGGGCAUGCAAACAAAACAAAUUUUCUCUCUAUCAGAAGAUCAUGAGACGAACGCCAUUGUUAGCAUGCUAAGAGAAGUUGAAGCAGUCACUUCUUCCAUGUUUGAGUAUUUGUUAUCUCUGAUAUCCGGGCCAAAGCCUGGAAGUUGGUCAUUAGUUUCUAAAUUAUUGCAUCACAAAAGAAUAGCAUGCAAGGGAGCAGCAAGAGAAGCAAAUGAAUUUGAGAAGGUUGACGCUGCCUUAAAAUCCCUUGCCGGUCAGAGGAUGAGCAAAUCUGAGAAUACCAUGAAUGUUGAGAUGCAAAACCAGCUAAAAGACUUGGAGCUGUGUAUUCAAGAUCUUGAAGAUGGACUUGAGUGCCUCUUCAGGUGUAUGAUAAAAGCUAGAGUCUCCCUUCUCAACAUCCUCACCCCCUAGAAAAUUAUGAUUACCUCAAUCAUGUACAGAAAUCAAAUUUACAUAUAAAUGAAAUGAAAUACUUUUUGAUGCCACAACUACUUAUUCUUUUGCACAUACUCUAUCUGAUCACUGCAUGCCUUAUUUUCACUGUCUAUAGCAUUUAGUUAACCCUUCUGUUCAGAUUUAACCAACCAAAAAAAUCCCCAUGAAGGGGAUUGGAGGAAAAGAUUGCUAAAUAAUGAAAAAAUAUGAACAAAAUUUAAAAUAAUUUGUGAUCGAAUGCUAAAAGGUUUUGAUAGGAACCAAGUCCUAAUUCAUUCGUUUAAGACAGCUGAGUAACUCAGUAAGUUAAACGUAUUCGUUAGUCCGACCAAAGAGUUAAGGCUAAGGUUUUCGUUUUUACUUUCUUCUUCCCAAGAUGAGGAAUCUCCUAGAGUUCAUAAAAACAGUGGACAAAAUAAGCUAUUAGAAAAGUUUGAACCUGUUAGGAUUCCUCUUGUCUCCAAGUUAAAGAAUAAUAAAUUAUCACUCUGCCAAAACUCCAAUGUCAUUCACAUGGAUGCAUGCAUGAAUGAAGCAAGAUAACAGGCUGAAAUUUA